AUGCAGGAAGUGCAGGAAUACUUCACCGAAAGCCAGGCGGCCGAGAAGCGGAAGCAAGCGGUGCGGAAGUGCAGCUACGAUCUGCUGGAGCAUCAUCGGGGCUUUAACAAAUGCGACGAAAAUGUAAAUUACACCCGCGAUCCGCUGCUGCUCACCUCGUCCGACGAGGACAGCAGCGGGUCGCCGACGAACGAGAUGAGUAAUUGCAUCAAGUUCAUGGAGAAACCGACGCUGAUAAAACGGUUCGCGCUCGGGUUUCUGCGCAGCACGGAGGACAGCUUACCACUGAUGUGCCAUAAAUCAUCGCCCACGUCGCCGCAGCGGCGACUGAACGACAUCCUGUCCGAGGAGCAGCGGACCGAGCGGACCAGCAUCCUGGCCAGCCUGGACCAGAUCGUGUCGAGCAAGUUCGGCGACUCGUGCAAACAGUCGUUCGCCGGGUCGCAGCGCGCACUCCCGGCGGCGUCGGCCGAGGUCGGCGUCGAGUACGAGUUCAAGCGCAACCUGAUCCGCCAGACAAACAGUGCCAGCUCGAGCCCGAAGCGCUUCCCGGCCUUCCCGCAGCCACCGAAGCACGCCGACAGCCUGAGCAGUGUGGCCGCUCGGCUGGGCGAUCCGACCGGCGCCGGAUCCGACGAUCGUGAGGAGGAGCUGGAUCGGGCCGCCUGGUUCCAGGCCGGCUUGCCGCGCGAGGUUUCGCUCGAGGUCCUGACGCAGCAGAGCCCCGGUGCGUUCCUGGUGCGCCGCAGCACCACCAAGCACGGCUGCUUCGCCCUCUCGCUCCGGGUGCCGCCCGGACCGGGCCCAAAGGUGGUGCACUAUUUAAUUAUGAAAACCGAGCGUGGAUAUAAAAUUAAGGGUUUCAUGAAGGAGUUUUCCUCGCUGCGCGCCCUGAUAACGCACCACUCGGUGAUGCCGGAGAUGCUUCCGGUUCCGCUGUCACUGCCACGGCCCCAGAACAUCCCGACGAAGUGCAAGCACACGGACGACUACGACACGUACAGCACGCUGAACGAGUUUUCCAAGCUGUUUUCCGACCUCGACAUCUGCUCGUAG